AUGGCGAAACAAGGAAGUUUUACAUCGUUUUUCAAAGGAAUAUAUCAGGACGAAUUCAAAUGGUCUUUAGUAAAAUCCAUUGGAUUGUUUGCCCUAGGAAUCAGAAUAGCCCAAGAAUGUGCAGGAAUGGAACUGUUACCUUCUCAAGCAUAA